AUGAUGAAAAACAAGAGAACAAACACUCAACCGCUAGAAGACGCAUCUACAGCCCCCGCAACCUUCAACGACGGUCUUCCUCUACCAAAAUUAAUCGCAUUUGACCUGGACUACACAUUAUGGCCGUUCUGGGUUGAUACGCACGUCAGCGCACCCAUCAAGCCUCGCGAUAACAAUUCUCGCUGCGUUGACAAGUAUGUACCUGAAUCAAGCAUUGAUGUCCGUCUCCAUAUCCUCUUACUGACCCGGAAACCACGCCACAGAUGGAACGAAUCAUUCGCAUUCUACCCAGCCGUCUCGUCAAUUGUGUACUCCUGCAAGACUCGCUCGAUUCCCCUUGCGAUAGCUUCUCGCACGCAUGCUCCUGAUUUAGCUCGCGAUAUGCUCAAAGCGCUUCAUAUUAUCCCGACAUUCUCGGACAAUCCUGCGGCGAAAACAAAGUCUGUCCGCGCUCUGGAUUACUUUGACUAUGUCCAAAUCUUCCCUGCCACUAAAACACAACACUUUGCGAAAAUCCAGCAAGCCAGCGAGAUCGCUUACGAGGAUAUGUUGUUCUUUGAUGAUGAGGCACGCAACAGGAACGUCGAAACCGAAUUAGGGGUCACCUUCUGCUUGGUUAGAGAUGGUAUGACCAAGGAGGAGGUCGAUCGCGGUGUCUGGGCUUGGAGAAAGAGAAACGGAAUCAAGCCAGGGGCGCGGAAGCAGGGUCACGAAGACGCUUAG